AUGGCUACACGUUUCAGAAUAGCCGAAGCCGACCGAUUUCCCGGUCAAGUAACCAACUUGGUCCACAUUGCUAAUGCAAACAAGAUUGUCAAAGAAAAGCUCACGCCAACGCAGUUGGACAUGUUCAAGAGAACAGUUUUUGGGCGAUUUGUAGACGUUGACAUGGUGUUUAACAGCCCAAUUGUCCAUCACAUGUUGCUUAGAAAAGUGAAGAGGAGAAGAUCAAACUCAAUGUCAUUCUCUGUCUAUGGGAAGUAUUUUGGUAAUCGAGUGACGAAAGACACUUUACACCUCCGUCAACUUGAAGAAAAAUACAAGGACUUAGAGUUUGAAAAUGAUGAUGCUGCUGUGAAGAUCAGCCUAGUUUACUAUACUGAGGUCACAAUGAUGGAGAAAAACAAACAGAAAAAUGCAAUUUACCUCAAACGUUUCAAGGACGUUCAAAACUUGGAGUACUACAAUAGUCUUGAUUGGGGUACCAUUAUUUGGGAGAGGACAUUGGAUGCCCUAAAGACUGCGUUGAAUGAUAAGAGCAGUCUAUACAAGACGAGGGUCAAAGCAAAUAAAAACUACGUUGUGAAGUACUCUUUACGUGGAUUUCCACAAGCGUUCCACAUUUCAUUUGUUUGCGAAAUUCUCCUCUGGAUGGUAUUCUUCUCACUCUCCGUCGCCCGGCUUAUGGCACAAACUUUGGAGGAAGAAUAA